AGGGACCUUGGUGUGCAAAAUAGCUGAAAGCUACCCUUAGGAUGAGAGCAAGGCAGCUGGUGUGUGGAAUUUGGAGUCUGUGUUUCAUGUUCUGCCUUUUCUGCAUCUUUCUUCACCAAACGACAGCUAAAAGAAAACUGAAGUUUGUGUCCAUGGUAUUUCGCCAUGGUGAUCAUACCCCACAGGAGUUUUUUCCAACUGACAAGCACAAAGAAGUUGCAAGACAGCAGGGAUAUGGACAGCUUACCAAGCUUGGCAUACAGCAACAGUAUGAGCUUGGCCAGUACAUGCGGAGGAGAUACUCUUAUUUCCUGAGUGUUGUAUACAAGCAGUGUGAGAUUUAUGUUCAAAGCACUGACUGUGAUCACACACUUAUGAGUGCUCAGGCAAGUCUUGCCGGGCUGUACCCACCAACACGGGGCCAGAUUUGGAACCCCAGAAUCCUUUGGCAGCCAAUUCCAGUUCACACGGUGCCACUGUCACAUGAUAAUUUGCUAUACUUACCUUUCUCACACUGUCCAAAAUACAAUGAGCUUCUGAGAGAAACCUUUGCAACAAGGGAUUUCCAAAGGCAACUCAAGCAGUACAGGCCAUUUCUGAAGUUUUUAGCCACUCAUACAGGAUACCCAUUGAAGAAGUUGAACACUGAAAGAAUUUGGAAGCUCUCUGACACUUUACAAUAUGAGGAUAUUAACAAUUACACUUUACCUGUUUGGGCUACUCAUGGUGUCAGGACCAAGCUGAUAAAGCUCUCAGAACUGUUAUUGCAGGCGGAAUUUGGGUUCCACAAACAAGUACAAAAAUCACGUUUGCAGGGAGGUAUUCUUUUAAAAACUAUUCUAAAGCAUAUCUCAGAUGCUAGAAAGCCUUCACACCAGCAAAAAAUGGUCAUGUAUUCUGCGCAUGCAGCCACCAUUGUUGCCUUACAGACGGCACUCAAUGUCUUCAAUGGGAAACAGCCUCCUUACAGUGCCUGUCAUUUUUUUGAACUUUACCAGGAAAAAAAUGGGCAAUACACCAUAGAAAUGUACUAUCGGAAUAACUCUUUGAGAGAUCCUCACCCCCUCACUCUCCCUGGCUGCAAAUUUCGCUGUCCACUGGAGAGAUUUACUCAGCUGGUCUCCCCAGUUCUAGUACACUAUUGGACAAGAGAAUGUAGGAUAUAAGACAUAAAAAAAGGUGUUCCCUCCAUGAUCUUCAGUGUGAUUAGCUUUAUGAAACAAUUCAUCCCAUACUGUGAUGUGUCUACGGUCUAACACUUCUCAUUAACUUCCAUCAGCAUGGCCAACCGUCUCCUGACCUCUAUCAAAAGAAAAUAUUCCUCAGGACAACAAACCAAAACUAUAGAAAGUGGUGACUUAUCCUUCAUGAACAUUCACUUUAUUUUAUCAAGUGGUAAAACCCAAGUGAAGUACAAAACCAGAGUAAUUUUUCAAGAUCUAUUCAUUCCAAAGGGUCUUUGGCUGAACUAAUUCAAGCAUGUAAUUGUAGUUAGUGUUUUGAAGGGCUAUAGCCUUAAUUUACAGCAAAAUUGGAAAAUACCUCUGAAGGCGUGUUGCCCUCUUUUGAAGAAUGAGACAAGAACUUCCAGAAUUGGCGAGGGAAGCAGUGCUUCAAAAAGAGCCCCCAAAAGGAGGAGUCAUUCCAGUGUCCUUAUACUUUGUUUUAUUUAAGAAGUAAUGAAGCAUUUUACACAAACAGAUCCCAGAAGCUACAAAAAUUAGCAUAAUGGCUGUUUACUUAACUAAGAUAUGUCUGCCUUUUUCUUUUCUCUGGCUUAUACAUGCACAAAUAUCCCACCUCUGUACAGAAGGAAGGUGAGACUUACAGAAAGAGUGGACCAUGGAUCUAGACCUAAGAGAAGCCUACAAACAGCCAGGCUGGCUACCAUGAAGACCUGGCAGGCACUUGGCUGACCCAACAAGGCUUUCAGAUAUUGAGUCAUUCUAUCUCUUUCCAAAAAGACAGCAAGGCCAAGUGUUAAUUUUGAAAGAAAAAUAAUUUGUGGUUUCAAACAUCUUUUCAAACACCUUCCUUUUGUUAUGUUACCUUGAUUGUAUUCUCUGAUCUGAUCAUAUAGAGUCUGUGCUUCAGGGAAGUCUGAAAUUCCAUGCUGUUCUUGACAUUAACAACAAAAAGAUCCUACUGGCAACACCAAGUAAAAAAAUCCAGAGCUACAUGCUAGUUAAAACAUGCAGAACAUGCUGGGCAAUCCUUCACUAGCCACAUUUUCUAAUAUUGCUAUUGUGAAAACAGUUUGUGUUCUUACUACAAAAGCUUGAUCAGAACAAUCAGAUGCAACUAACUUCUGAAAAUAGUGGACGCUUCUUUGCUUGAAGAACUGGGCUUUCUUAUUUUUUAUUUUCUUAUGGUGGAUAAGACCUUUGCCAACAGCCUUGUUGCCUGCAGAUCAUUUCAAAGAGAACCAGAGUAAUAGAUGAGAUGCAGAAAAUUUUUACAUUCCAGCUUCCUUUCCUUGGACCGGGGUUUUAAAAUGGAUGCUAAGCCUAUGAAAUGUAUAUUCCUUUUUAGAACUACAGCAUAAGCAGAUAACUGCACUGCACAAGCUACAAAAGAAUAAAAUAAUAAAAAGAUCCCUUUCCCCUCUA